GGAAAGUUGAGCAAAGCAAGAAGAGAUGAGGAAAGAGCUGAGCAGUGAGGGAGAACCUCAGUGAGUUUUGAGCCUCUGUCCUCCUCCUGUGGAAUGAAUCAGCUCCUCUCAAUGAUCUGUCGCGGAUCCGCACGCAGUUGGACACGCACGGGCCCUCGACACGCGUGACUGUGCGCAGCUCUUCACAGCCUCUCAUCGGAUGCGUUCACUGACCUCUGUAAACUUGUGUUUUACCUGCAAGUCUCCUCUGCUGGGCCGUGGGGCGAAUCUCCUCCUCAGGAGACAAGCUUUGACUCCACACUGCACCAUUUCUACAGCAGAGGGCUAGUUAAGGACAUUGCACACUUGAGGUGUGGACAUGCAGGACUUUAAGUGUGGAGCAGGACGGCUUCUGCUGCUGGUCCUGGUUCUGGUGGACCAGCUGUCCCUCUGCGUCCUGCUCGGAGACGGCGGAGAGGUUGUGGACACCGCAGAGGUGAAAACCCCUGACUCCAGAACCAGCAGAGCCAAAAGGAGGGGAGGGACGGACGUGCUCAGAGGACCCAAUGUGUGCGGCUCAAGGAACAACGCUUAUUGCUGCCCAGGCUGGAAGACUCUGACAGGAGGAAAUCAGUGCAUUGUCCCAAUCUGUCGCAGUUCUUGUGGAGAUGGUUUCUGCUCCAGACCCAACAUGUGCACCUGUCCCAGUGGCCAAAUCGCCACGUCCUGCGGAUCCAAGUCUGUUCAGCACUGCAACAUCCGAUGCAUGAACGGGGGAACGUGUGCUGAGGAAAACUGCCUUUGUCAGAAAGGCUAUGUGGGAAACCACUGUGGUCAACCGGUAUGUGAAAAUGGCUGCCUUAACGGAGGAAGGUGCGUGGCUCCCAACAGAUGUGUGUGCACCUACGGCUUCACCGGGGCUCAGUGUGAGCGAGAUUAUCGUACUGGACCGUGCUUCGCCUCAGUGAACAACCAGAUGUGUCAAGGCCAACUCACAGGUAUUGUGUGCACAAAGACUCUGUGCUGUGCCACAGUGGGACGGGCAUGGGGUCACCCAUGUGAAAUGUGCCCAGCCCAGCCUCACCCAUGUCGGAGAGGCUUCAUACCAAACCACCGCACAGGAGCAUGCCAAGAUGUGGAUGAGUGCCAGGCAAUCCCUGGCUUAUGUCAGGGAGGAAACUGUAUCAACACGGUCGGAUCCUUUGAAUGCAAAUGUCCCGCUGGGCACAAAUUCAAUGAGAUCUCACAGAAAUGUGAAGAUCUCGAUGAGUGUGCCAACAUUCUGGGUGUCUGCGGUGCUGGUGAAUGCUCAAACACUGCCGGCAGCUACUUCUGCAAGUGUCCUCAAGGAUAUUAUGUGUCAGUGGAUGGGUCCAGGUGUAUAGAUACUCGUGGCGGUUAUUGUUACGCCAGUUUACUUAAUGGGCGCUGUGCCAACCAAAAUUCCCAAUUGCUGACUAAAAUGCAAUGUUGCUGUGAUAGUGGGCGAUGUUGGUCCGAUGGCUCCAACCCGGAAAUGUGCCCUAUCCGUGGAACAGACGAGUACCAGAAACUGUGUGUCCAGUUACCCAAUAUUAACGGUGGAGGGGCCAUACCUAGACCUUUCCCAGGGAGCCCUGACCAACCGAGCAUCUACCCCCUGCCAUAUCCAGGUCCUGACCCAAUUCCGGGUCGACCUCCAAGUUAUGUCCCGGGCCCAGUAAAUGGUCCCGAUCCAGGCCAGUUUCCAGUACUACCAAUACAGCCUCCUCCUGGUCCGGCUAUUAUCCAAACCCAAAAUAUCACCAACAUUUGCCACGCCUACCGCAACAUCUGCCCAAAUGGCCGGUGUAUUCCCCUGCCGGGCGCUAAUUAUCGCUGUGAGUGUAACAUGGGCUUCACUUUGGAUGCAAGAGGCGUAUGUGUUGAUGAAGAUGAAUGUGAGAGAAACCCGUGUGCGCAUGGAGAGUGUGUCAACACCCCCGGGUCUUACAUGUGUCGAUGUCCUGCUGGAUUCCAGUCCACUGCAACAAAGACUGAGUGCAGAGACCUGGACGAGUGUGUCGCUAAUGGACGAAUCUGCAACAAUGGUCGCUGUGUGAACACUGAGGGAAGCUUCCACUGUGUCUGUAAUGCUGGCUUUGAGAUCACAACUGAUGGCAAAAACUGUCAAGACCAGGAUGAGUGUCUGAUCCGAAACAUGUGUCUCAAUGGACUGUGCAUCAAUGAUGAUGGUAGCUUCAAAUGCAUCUGUAAACCCGGCUACCUACUUGACACUAGUGGCCGCAUGUGUGUAGACAUUGAUGAGUGUGAGACUCCAGGUAUGUGUAUGAACGGACACUGUGUCAACACAGAAGGAUCUUUCCGAUGUGAAUGCAUGGCGGGAAUGGCGGUGGGCCUUGAUGGACGUGUCUGUGUUGACACACACAUGCGCAGCUCGUGCUAUGGUGGUUACAAGCGAGGCCAGUGUGUUCGGCCUUUAUUUGGAGCUGUGACCAAAUCCGAGUGCUGCUGUUCCAGCACUCAGUACGCCUAUGGGGAACCCUGCCAACCCUGCCCACCACAAAACUCUGCUGAGUUCCAGGCUUUGUGUCCAAAUGACAUCGGCACAACCGGAGAUGGAAGAGACAUUAAUGAGUGCGCCCUUGAUCCGGACCUCUGCCAGAAUGGCGUGUGUGAGAACAUGCUGAGGACAUAUAAAUGUACCUGCAACGAAGGCUUUGAGGUAGAUCUGACAGGCAAAAACUGCAUUGAUAUUGACGAAUGUCUGAUAAAUAGGCAAUUGUGCGAUAAAGGACUGUGUAGGAACACACCAGGAAGUUUCACCUGUCAGUGUCCCAAAGGAUUCACCUUUAAUCCGCAGACAGAUGUCUGCAAAGAUGUGGAUGAGUGUGAGUCAAGUCCUUGUGUCAACGGAGACUGCAUGAACAGCCAAGGGUCAUUCGUGUGCUCGUGUUCAACUGGCAGUUCACUGGACAGCUCUGGACUUGAGUGUAUCGAGACGACUAAGAGCACUUGCUGGCUGAAGUUCAUAAAUGAUCACUGUGAAGUCAACAUCAAUGGGGCUACGCUCAAGUCUCACUGCUGUGCCACACUAGGAGUGGCCUGGAACAGUCCUUGUGCCAAGUGUGAAAAAGAUCCCAUCUGUGGUAAGGGUCUUGCUAGAGCCAGAGGAAAUGUGUGUGAAGAUGUGGAUGAGUGUCAAGUGUUUCCUGGAGUUUGUACCAAUGGCAAGUGUGUCAACACACAUGGCUCGUUUUUUUGCCAGUGCCCCCCUGGGAUGACAGUUGAUAUGAAUGGCAGAACCUGCAUCGACUUGCGCACAGAGCACUGCUACUUAACACAUGAGGAUGAGCGCUGUGGAGCGGUGAUCUCAGGGAAACACCGCGUGGAUGCUUGUUGUUGCUCAGUGGGUGUGGCCUGGGGCCCAGAGUGUGACGAAUGUCCGGAGAAAGGGACCCCGGAAUAUGCCCAGCUAUGUCCUCGUGGACCAGGCUUUUCUCACCGGGGUGACUUCAUCAAUGGAAGACCCUACCUCAAAGAUAUAAAUGAAUGUAGGAUGAUAAACACACUCUGCUCAAAUGGGAGGUGUCGGAACACCAUCGGAAGCUUCCGUUGUCGUUGCGAUAAUGGCUACGCACUGGAUUCUGAUGAAAGAAAUUGCACCGACAUCGAUGAGUGCCGCAUUUCUCCAGACUUGUGCGGACCAGGCCGUUGUAUCAACACUGCAGGAGAUUUUGAGUGCGAGUGCUUUGAAGGAUACGAGAGUGGCUUCAUGAUGAUGAAAAAUUGCAUGGACAUCGACGAGUGUGAGCGUAACCCUUUGCUGUGCCGGGGAGGUGAAUGUGUCAACAAUGAAGGCAGCUUCCAGUGUGUUUGUCCCGAGGGACAUGAGAUCGCUCCUGAUGGCUCAGCUUGUCUAGACAUUAAUGAAUGUGAACUGAGUGAUAAGCUGUGCAGACAUGGCCAGUGUGUCAAUAUGAUCGGACGCUACCAGUGUGUCUGCGACACUGGCUACAAAUCUACUGAGGACAGGCUGGACUGUGUGGACAUUGAUGAGUGCACCAUUGAAAAUGGAGGCUGUGAAACAUUUUGCACCAACUCAGAGGGCAGUUACGAGUGUAGCUGCCACGCUGGGUACGCUCUGAUGCCGGACCAGAGAAGCUGCACAGAUAUUGAUGAGUGUGAGGAGAGCCCAGAUAUCUGUGAUGGAGGCCAGUGUACCAACACUCCGGGGACGUACCAGUGUCUUUGCUUCGAUGGCUUUAUGUCAUCUGAGGACAUGAAAACCUGCCUGGAUGUGGACGAGUGUGAGCUAAACCCCAACAUCUGUCUGAGUGGGAACUGUGAGAACACUAAGGGAUCCUUCAUCUGUCACUGUGAGCUGGGAUACUCGGUACGCAAAGGAACCACAGGCUGUACAGAUAUCAACGAGUGUGAAAUUGGAGCACAUAACUGUGACAGACAUGCAUCGUGCACCAACACAGCAGGCAGCUUCAAAUGCCACUGUGCUCCGGGGUGGAUUGGAAAUGGCUUUAAAUGCACAGACCUGGACGAGUGCUCCAAUGGGACGCAUAUGUGCAACAACAACGCUGAAUGUCUCAACACCAUGGGCUCUUAUCGCUGUGCAUGCAAGGAAGGCUUUUCUGGGGACGGAUUCUACUGCUCAGACAGCGAUGAGUGUGCAGACAACGGUAACUUGUGUGAGAGUGGCCACUGUCUGAACAUGCCUGGCGGGUACCGCUGUGAAUGUGACAUGGGCUUCAUCCCCACCGCUGAUGGCAAGGCUUGUGAGGACAUAGACGAAUGUACCUUCGCUGACAUCUGUGUCAACGGACGUUGCCGAAAUAUUCCAGGUCUUUUCAGAUGUGAAUGUAACAUUGGUUAUGAGCUGGACAGGAGUGGGGGCAACUGCACAGAUAUCAAUGAAUGCGCAGACCCUACCAUUUGCAUUAAUGGGAUUUGCGUUAACAUCCCCGGAAGCUACCAUUGUAACUGCCCACCAGACUUCGAACUCAAUCCCACUCGAGUGGGAUGUGUAGACACUCGCUCUGGAAGCUGCUACUUGGACGUGCGCUACCGAGGAGAUUCAUCCACGGACUUGGACUGCUCCAAUGAGAUUGGAGUUGGUGUCUCUAAGGCGUCUUGUUGCUGUUCUCUGGGCCAUGCUUGGGGAAAUCCGUGUGAAUCAUGCCCAUCUGUCAACUCUACCGAGUAUAAGACCCUGUGUCCUGGUGGAGAAGGCUUUCGACCGAACCCCAUCACUGUCAUCUUGGAAGACAUCAAUGAGUGUCAGGAAUUACCAGGCUUGUGCCAAGGUGGAGAGUGCAUCAACACAUUUGGCAGUUUUCAGUGUCAAUGUCCAAGGGGUUUCGCUCUCAACCCAGAAACCAGAGUCUGCGAAGAUAUCAAUGAAUGUGAGCACCCUGGUAUUUGUGGGCCGGGCCAGUGCUACAAUACCAUUGGAAACUACACCUGCAUCUGCCCAGUGGACUACAUGCAAGUCAAUGGAGGCAACAACUGCAUGGAUAUGAGGAAGAGCUACUGCUACAGGAACUUUUAUUCGGACAACAGGACAUGUGACGGAGAGCUGACUUUCAACAUGACUAAAAAGAUGUGCUGCUGCUCCUACAACGUGGGUCGGGCGUGGCACAAACCCUGUGAACAGUGUCCUCUUCCCAGCAGCGAUGAGUUUGCUGUCCUGUGCGGCAGCGAGAGACAAGGAUAUUAUAUUGACAUCACUACCGGACGAGUCAUUGAUAUUGACGAAUGCAGGGAAAUCCCAGGCGUAUGUGAGAAUGGAGUGUGCAUCAAUAUGAUUGGUAGCUUCAGAUGUGAGUGCCCCAUCGGUUUCAUCUAUAACGACAAGCUACUGAUUUGUGAAGAUAUUGACGAGUGUCAGAAUGGGCCUCUGUGCCAGCAAAAUGCAGCCUGCUUGAACAUGCCAGGAAGCUACCGCUGCGAGUGUAAAACCGGAUAUCGCCUCAGUCCUCAGUCGGGACAAUGUCUAGACCGUAAUGAAUGUCAGGAGAAUGCCGGUGUUUGCAAUCCUGGCCAAUGCAUUGAUACACUUGGGAGCUAUCGCUGUAUCUGUCCAAAUGGAUUUAAAACCACCCGGGACCAGUCAAUGUGUGUUGAUGUGGACGAGUGUGAGCGACAACCCUGUGGGAAUGGGACCUGUAAGAACACCGUGGGCUCGUACAACUGUCUCUGCUACCCAGGCUUCCAAAAUUCACACAAUAGUGACUGUAUAGACGUUGAUGAGUGUUCGAUCCAGAGGGGUCUUUGUCGUAAUGGACAGUGUGUGAACACCCUGGGCAACUUCUUCUGCGUGUGCAACGACGGCUAUGAACUUACGCAAGAUGGCCGAAUGUGUGCAGAUAUAAAUGAAUGUGCAGUAAACCCUGGCACAUGCGGAGCUGGGACUUGUCUCAAUCUGGAUGGCUCAUACAGAUGCAUCUGCCCGCCUGGAUAUUAUCUCCAUGAGGAAACCUGUGAAGAUAUUGACGAGUGCUCGCAGUCGCCUGAGAUUUGUACGUUUGGAACCUGUUCCAACACCGAGGGAAGCUUCACCUGCUUAUGUCCUGAGGGCUUCCAGCUGUCUUCCACUGGACGCAGAUGUUUAGAUAUACGUAUCAACUACUGCUACACAAAGUUCGACAAUGGCCGCUGCCAAGUUCCAAAGCCUCAAAAUACUUCCAAGGAAGAAUGCUGUUGUACUGGAAUGCCGGGUCAAGGCUGGGGAGAUCCUUGUGAAAUCUGCCCUGGGGAAGCAGAGGAGACGUUUGGCCUUCUCUGUAUAAAUAAGGGAUAUCAACAGGGGCCCGACGACCUUCCAAAAGAUAUUGACGAAUGCCUCAAUGACCCCUGCAUCAAUGGCCAGUGUAUUAACACAGACGGUUCUUUCCGCUGUGAAUGUCCAAUGGGAUACAGACUCCACAUCAACGGAGUCACCUGUGUAGACACUGACGAGUGUGACAUUGGUAACCCCUGCGGAAAUGGCACAUGCACGAAUGUGAUUGGAGGUUUCGAGUGUGCAUGUGAUGACGGCUUUGAGCCCGGCCCAAUGAUGUCCUGUGAAGACAUCAACGAGUGUGCCCAGAAUCCUCUGCUGUGUGCAUUUCGCUGUGUUAAUGUAGUGGGCUCCUACGAGUGUAAAUGUCCCACAGGCUACGUGCUGCGCGAGGAUAAGAGGAUGUGUAAAGACCAGAAUGAAUGUGAGGAUGGUAUAGAUGAUUGCGCCAGUAGAGGCAUGACCUGCAAGAACCUAAUUGGUACAUUCAUGUGCAUCUGCUCGCCUGGAUACAUGCGCCACCCGGGUGGAGAUGGCUGCAUUGAUCUGAAUGAAUGUUCAGCCAAACCGGGCAUCUGUAAGAAUGGCCGUUGUGAGAACACAGUGGGAAGCUAUAGCUGCAAAUGUGACCAAGGAUUCAUCUCUAACCCCACACAGACAGAAUGCAUUGAUAACCGCGAGGGCUUCUGUUUCACUGAGGUUCUGACAACUCUGUGUCAGAUGACAUCCAGUAACAGAAACAUGGUGACCAAGUCCGAGUGUUGCUGCAAUGGAGCCAGGGGCUGGGGCGACAACUGUGAGCUUUGCCCCCUCCCUGGGACCACCCACUUCAAGAAAAUGUGUCCCCUGGGACCUGGCUUCACCACGGAUGGCAGAGAUAUCGACGAGUGUCGUGUGAUGGGGAACUUGUGCAAGAAUGGCCAGUGUAUCAACUCAAUUGGCUCAUACAGCUGCACCUGCAAACCUGGCUACACCACAGACAUCACAAGCACUCACUGUGUGGAUGUGGAUGAGUGCAUACAGGCACCAAAGCCUUGUAACUUCAUCUGUAAGAACACAGAGGGAGGCUAUCUUUGUUCCUGCCCCCGUGGAUACAUCCUACAGGACGAUGGGAAGAGCUGCAGAGACCUGGAUGAGUGUUCGACAAAACAGCACAAUUGUCAAUUCUUGUGCGUCAACACCAUCGGUGGGUUCACCUGCAAGUGUCCACCUGGCUUCAUCCAGCAUCACACCGCCUGCAUUGACAACAACGAAUGUGGAACAGACCCAAAUCUGUGCGGCGCCAACGGUGUUUGCCAGAACACUCCAGGGAGCUUCAAUUGCGACUGCCAGCGGGGAUUCUCAUUAGACCCCAAUGGACAAAGCUGUGAAGAUACGGAUGAGUGUGACGGCAACCACAGAUGUCAGCAUGGCUGUCAAAACUUGGUGGGUGGGUACCGGUGCAGCUGCCCACAAGGCUACCUGCAACACUACCAGUGGAACCAAUGUGUUGAUGAGAACGAGUGUCUGAAUAGCCAGAUCUGUGGGGGAGCAUCAUGCCACAAUACUCUGGGGAGUUUCCGCUGCUCUUGCCCCACAGGCUUCAACUAUGAACAGACUUCUGGGGGCUGCUCGGACGUCAACGAAUGCUCCACUACUCAGAACCCCUGCAAGUUUGGAUGCUCUAACACAGACGGAGGUUACCUCUGUGGUUGUCCCACAGGAUUCUACAGGGCAGGACAAGGGCACUGUGUCUCUGGGCUGGCCUUUGGUAACGGUGGCCCAAGUGUCGGUCAGGGAGGGGAAGAGGAUGAAAAUGCUCUGUCUCCUGAGGCGUGCUAUGAGUGUAAGAUCAAUGGCUAUCCCAAGAAGGGACGCAAACGACGUAGCACCAAUUCAACACAGGACCAAACUGUUGAUGACAUGCAGAUAUCUGAAAAUGAGAUGAUCAGCCUGGCCAGUAUGGACAUAGAGGACACCCUGCAGUUCCACCUCAACAUCAGCGACCUCAGCAACCGCGACCACAUCCUGGAGUUCACGCCGGCGUUAUCCACGCUCAGCGACCACGUGCGCUACAGCAUCGACUACGGCAAUGAGGAGGGCUACUUUAAGAUCAACCAGAGGGAGGGCGUGAGUUACCUGCAUCUGAGCAAGAGGAAGACCUUCGCCCCGGGCGCCUAUUCCCUUGAGAUCAGCGGCAUCCCCCUCUACAAGAAGAAGGAUCUGGCUGAGCUGGAAGACCGCCAUGAUAAAGACUACCUCGCAGGGCAACUGGGAGACAUCCUGAAGAUGAGGGUGCAGAUCAUCCUCCAUUAACCAGCACAAGACUGUGGCAGGCAGAGUUUGUCAGCACGUUCCUCAGGAGGCCGAACAUCUCCAACUGUGGGUCAGUGCUGUGUGGGGGGGGUAGUGGAA